CAGUUGACUCUGAGAUUAUCUCAAAGAUAUCUAGAGGUCUAAUGGUUCUCGUUGGCAUUGGAACUGAUGAUACAGAAACUGACAUGCAUCAAAUUGCGAACAAAAUCAUUUCUCUUCGUGUAUUCAAUGACACUGAAAACCCAUCGGUGAUGUGGAAGAAAAGCGUUAAAGAUAUCGAAGGAGAAAUUCUUUGCGUCUCUCAAUUUACGCUUAUGGCAAACACUACAAAAGGCAAUAAACCAGAUUUCCAUCGUGCAAUGGGCGGAGAACAAUCGCGCCGGCUGUACGCCUCACUGCUCGACCGCCUUGGCGCACUCUACAAUCCAGACAAAAUCAAAGAUGGAAAAUUCGGCGCCAUGAUGAACGUAUCUCUAACGAACGAGGGUCCGGUCACCUUUACUAUAGACUCCCGAAAGUUCGAGUACGUAAACCAAGCUAAUCAAGGCAACAAAGCGACAAUAGAUCGUUCCGUGGACUCUUCGAAUAGAUUACCGGAAGUACAAAAUAACACCAAUGGUGAUGAGCAAUAAUCAUAGCCGACCUUGGAUGGUUUCUGCACAGUUGGAGUAGCGUAUCGAAUCAAUAUAUCAACUCGCUAUUCACUACGAACCUUGCCUUCAAUAAAUCAUGGCGCUGGGAUUAAGUAUUGGAUCUGACGGCUUUUGUAGCGACUCAAUCUGACUGGUUUGAAGCUUCUAUCUUUCUUCUGAGUCAAAUGGACCGUAUUCUUAAGGAGCGAAACACUAUUGCAUCGCCCUUCCUCAAAGACCACCAGGAACCUUUCAUACGGGAGCUUGACGAUGGCAGUUUGCAAAGAUAGCCAAUACUUUUAUGACCAGCUAAUUACAUUCCAGGU